ACUAAACCCACUUCAUUGCAUGAGUAUCUUGGUGCCCUUGUUCAAGAAUUGAGAAUGCUGAGAGAGGGAUUUGUCAUAGGCUCAAAAACCUUGUUUCUGAAGUGUAUUUCAUAGUGAGCUUCAUUAAGACAAAUGAAGUGGAGGUGGUGCCAGCUGUGUGGGUAGAAGGAGAGGUUUGUAAAUGGCCUAACUACAAACUCGAUGCCAUGUUGAAGGCCAUCAAGAACUGUGAGAUGCCUAAGGAGACCUGGACAAGUUUUGACAUCAGGGUUCUUUACAAAGCAAAUAGUUUUAGUGAGGCAAGGUUGAAACUUCGCCGGGCAGAAGAUGACACAGACCUCCAAUCAGAAGCAGAGGAGGGGAGGCCAGAAAAAAGAAAAACCAGACCAAACAAGUGCUUCCUCUCGAGUCAGGAGUCUGAUGAGGAGCCUGUGAAGCGCAAACCAAUCCUCCCUAAGGUGCCCUCCAUUCCACCUCUGCCGUCACUGUUGCGUGACGCCAUUUCCUCAUCAGAUGAAAUAUCUCCGCCAGCUAGUCAACUUGCCUCUCUGCAGCCGAUUCACGCCCUUGGAACUCCUGAGCCAUCCUACCAUCUUCCCUCUCAGCCGUCUCGCCACCAUGGGACGCCUGAGCCAUCCUACCAUCUUCCCUCUCAGCCGUCUCGCCACCAUGGACCUCCUGAGCCAUCCUACCAUCUUCCCUCUCAGCCGUCUCGCCACCAUGGGACGCCUGAGCCAUCCUACCAUCUUUCCCCUCAGCCGUCUCGCCACCAUGGAACGCCUGAGCCAUUCCAUCUUGCCCCUAAUGCUGCUUCUGAGAUGGACCUGCAGUCUGCAUUACUACGAGAGAUCAUUGCCAAGCGGGAGGUGAUGUGUGAUAUGCAAAGAAAUCUGCUGCGGAUUGUUCAGGAUCUCCAUUCUACACCUACACCACAUGGACACUACAUGGACGGAAGUUUUCUGCCGUUGAGGGAUGCUGAGGCUCUUUUGUCGCUGGACCGCGACAUUAAGACAAAGCCAGAGAAGAGAAAGGACUUGGUGCUGACACUGGGCCUUGCUGGGGGCGUGAACCUCAAGGACACUGUGUGGAGGGUCAUGAAGAUGCUUAUUCAGAACGACUUGGCCUGCAAAAUGAAUUGGACAGGCCUCCAUGGCAAAACAUCAUUCCAGGGCCUAGAAGUCAAGAAUGUUGUUACAGAAGCCAUUCGGAGAAAUCCUGGAUGCAGAGAAUCCACGAACCAGGAGGUGGAGCAAUGGUUGAGGCGUUGGUUGUAUUUGGCUGGCGAUCGAGAGGGGGGAAGGAGGAGGAGAAGCACAGUCCUCCACCAUCAGCCACCCACCAACACACAACGUCAACCACCCACCAACACACAACUACAGGCGCACACACACCAACACACAACGUCGUCAGCCGCACACACACCAACACACAACGUCGUCAGGCGCACACAUACAUUCCACUUUGGCCCGUUUCUGGCCAUACACUACCGUUCAUAAGUUUGUGGUCUUUAAUGGUUUACACAACUAAGUGUGAU